CGAGCAGUGCUGCCAUCAUUACGAGAACAACAAGAGGAAGAGGAUCGCGCAGCACAAACAACGUCCACCAUCACAGCACCCACAAAGAUCACUUCUGUUUCACUGAAAGAUUUCAAUUUCAUUAAAGUUCUCGGCAAAGGUUCCUUCGGAAAGGUUUGA